AUGGGGGAUUUUCAGAGCUUUAAGUUCGAGAAUUCCAUGCCGGAUUUAUGUCCUGAAACACAGCUGAACUUUAGAAAGUUUCUUCAAGCUGCUGGGAUUGAAAACAUGUUGAUUAAAGAUGGCCGGAGAAUAUCAGAUACCGAAGUACUAAAUGAAAUCAGGAAAGAGGUCGCUGUUUUGUCUAUGAACGACGAUGAUGGACGGACCUCGUCGCUGAUUCUUGCGUGUAUCAACGGUGACGAUGAAGCUGUUAAACUUCUCAUUCUUUCGGGCGAGUGCGAUGUAAACGAGGUUGCACCUGAUGGAGAAACUGCACUGACGUGUGCCAUAUCCUCGAAUGCUGUGCGGAUUGUGGAGAUGUUGUUAAAACAUGGGUCUGAUCCAAACUUUCGUGGUAAGAAAGUUGAGUGCACUCCAUUGAUGGAAGCUGCUAGUGUUGGUUAUACUGAUAUUGUGAAGUUGCUGUUGGAACAUGGAGCAUGUGUUGGCCAAAAGUCGAACACAGGAAAUACUGCACUACAUUAUGCUGCUACUUCCGGUCACUUGGAGUGUGUUUGUCUUUUACUACAGUACAAUAGCCCAAUGGAAGUUCAAAAUGAUACUGGUCAUACACCUUUGAUGGAAGCUACAAGUAACGGGCACGUAGACGUCGCUCGUUGCCUUAUAAAGCAUGGAUGCGAUAUUAACACACAUUCAGCGGAAUUCAAAGAAUCCGCACUAACUCUGGCAAGCUACAAAGGUCAUGCGGAAAUGGUCCGUUUCCUGUUGACUGCAGGAGCCGAUCACGAACAUCGUACUGAUGAAAUGCACACUGCUCUAAUGGAAGCUGCAAUGGAAGGUCAUGUCGAAGUUGCUCGAUUACUCCUUGCUCAUGGCGCGAACGUGAACAUACCACAAGAUAGUUUCGAGUCCCCUCUAACUUUGGCCGCUUGUGGAGGCCAUACUGAGCUUGCACAUCUGUUAAUUGGAUAUGGAGCAGAUAUUGAAGAGGUGAAUGACGAGGGCUAUACACCCUUAAUGGAAGCUGCAAGAGAAGGUCAUGAAGAAACUGUCGCUUUAUUGCUUGCAGUAGGUGCUGAAGUUAACGCAAGAACGGAGGAAACACAAGAAACUGCUCUCACGCUUGCAGCCUGUGGCGGAUUCAUAGAAGUCUGUGAAAUGCUUUUAAAUGCUGGUGCUGAUAUUGAAGUUGGCGGAGUUGGUUGUUCUACUCCUUUGAUGGAAGCUGCUCAAGAGGGACAUCUAGAACUUGUCCGGCGUUUGUUGGAGCGUGGAGCAUUAGUGAAUGCAGUGACCGCCACUGGAGACACGGCGCUUCAUUAUGCAGCUGAAAAUGGGCAUGUCAAAGUUUGCGAGAAGUUGCUUGACUGGGGAGCCGUUUUUGGAGCUAUGACAGAAGGAGGACGAACUCCAUUGAUGAAGGCUGCAAGAACAGGUCAUUUGGAAGUUGUCCAGUUAUUUUUAGAGCGUGGAGUAGCGAUUGACCAGCCUACCUCACAGAAUGAUGCCAAUGCCUUGUCGUUAGCUUGUAGUGGCGGACAUGCAAAGAUGGUAGAGUUCCUUCUUCAACAUGGUGCUGAUCCUCAAUAUCAGUUAAGAGAUGGUUCUACAAUGCUAAUCGAAGCUGCUCGUUCUGGAAAUCCAGCAGUUCUGAGACUCAUUUUAGACUAUCCUAAAUGUCUCAGUCAGCCGUCGUCCAUGCUUCCAAAUGCUUCUGUUCAGCUUGUUGCGAAUACACUGAACCAACAUCAAACUCAACACCAAUUUUCUCAUGACCAGCGUUCUGCUUACCAAUCACUCGUGAAUGGCGUACCUACAAUCGGCAAUGUUAUCAUGCCACCACCCCCACCGCCUUUACCUAUUUCUGUCUCCGGAAUAACCAACAUGGAUAUGUGCCUUGACCCAUCUCAUUCACAUAUGCACUCACAAGGUCAUUCGCAUUCCUGUCAUUCACACCAACAACUUUCGUUUCAGGCUCCUUCCAGUCUUUCUACGUCAACUAACUCUGUUCAGCCCACAACUCAUAUAAAUGCGGCACUGGCCAACGCAUAUGCUGUUGGAUGGGCAGCCGGGGCAGCUGCUUUAGUUCACCAACAACAGCAGCAGCAUACAAUAAACUCAGCUAUUACCAGUUCAGUGGAUGCACCUUUGGUUAUGUGUCCUCCAGUCAGCGCUAUACUUUCACACACACAUACUUCUGGACCAUUGCAUGAUCAGAUUUUGUUGACAAACAACAAUACAUUCGAGCUUCUUCCUGGAACUUCUUUAUCAACAAAUGGAUCAUGUACUACUUUACCUUCAAACUGUUCGAUUAUGGCUCACAAUGCGCAUUUAAAUUUUCAAACUACUUCUGUCACUGCUGCUGUCGAUUCAGUUACCGGGAUAACUAGUGUUCAAACUGUGUUAACUCAGGCAACACUAGGUGCUAGUGGAACGGGACCAUCAUCUAGUACAACUAAUAGUAUUGGUAGCAUCAGUGGAGGUAGUUCAACCAGCAGUGGAAGCAGUGCUUCAUCCAUGGUUGCUGGAUCUUCAAUUGACCUUACAGAUGACUUUAGUGCUGGUCUACUGGCACUUUUUCAAGAGCUGAUGCCUGAUUUGAAAGCGGAUAAAGAUGAAUUGAUCAAACGAUUUGAAGCUGUCAUGUGUCCCUUCAGCACACUUCGUGCUGCUCGUACUGCUAUUAGUCAACGAAAUGGAACCAAUCUGGAUUCUCCAACCGCAAUCGCUAUGAGUACUAAUGCUGCCGUCUUGGCUCUUAGCAAGUUAAUUGAUCAACAGUCACAGUGCCGUGCUCAUUCUUCGUAUCCUGGAAAUGGUUGUGAAGUACUGGAACAACACCUUUCACCUAGAUGUAUUCAUACAUCUUCAGCUGAAACCGUCUUGUCUAAAACCACCCAGUGGACAGGUCUGCUUUCGACUUCCUGUGAUACACAGUUUCCGGAACCAAUUUCUUUUUCCACUGAGUGUGGCCCAACACUUAGCAAAGUACCUGAUGAUCAACCAGACCUCACUGACUCCAACGAUCAUAACUUUAGUGCCGCUGCAAAUGUAACACCGGUUAUGUCUUCUUGCCAUUCAUCAUGCUCCGCGUUAUCAACGUCAGAAUGUUCAAUGUCUUCUGUCCAUAGUGCCAACUUCUUAUGCCGUGCCAAUAAAACAACUUCAACAUCCGUCGAGUCUAUUUUACCUGCACUAAAUUCUUACGACUAUGGAUUGGAUAAAACCUCUGACGUAUUAGGACCUUGCAUUGAUUCCUCGUAUUUAAGCAAUCUCGUGGAUUCUGUCGGUCUUGCAACAACUCAAGCUGUCAUUCAUGAAGCUGGUUUAAACCAUGAUAUACUUACAUGUUAUCGUCAUUUUCACCAUAAUAGUGAACGUUUUCAGCAAACAAACAAACCAGUAAAAUAG